AUGCCUUUCAAGUGCGAUACUAUAUUCGCUUCCUACUCGCUUCUCCUGCUGGGCUCCAUCAUCGCCCUGAUCUGCGGCGCAAUCUCAUGGUCACGCACCCAAUCCUACUCCCUGCCACUCCCAUCAUGGCUGCCUGUCAUAACAACGCUCCUCCCUCCAUUGACCGUCACCGUCCUAGCCGCCAUCAGCAUUUUGAUUCCCAGAACAAGGGCAAAUGCAACCGCAGCAACUAACGUCGCCCAACGCGCCCUUUUCCUCAUCGACCAAGCCCACUCCAUCCUCUCAACGAUCAUAGCCACCUUGGCGCUCGCCUACCUCUUCCCGGAAAACAUCCUUUCCUGUCGCCUCGAGCAACAGUGGCAGACAUAUUUCAGCGCUCGGAAUGCAGGCGCGAUCCGCUCGAUCCAAGAUACCUUCCAAUGCUGUGGGCUACGGAGUACGCAUGAUCGGGCGUGGCCGUUCAAGGACAGAACUCAUGGCGAUGAUGCCUGUGAGCGACAGUUGGGGUUUAGACAGAGUUGCUUUGCGCCGUGGAGGGAGGAGCAACGGAGCGUCUCGUGGAUGAUUUUCGUGGCAGCCGUGCUGGUGUGGGCUGUUAAGGUUGGUUACAUUCAGGUGGUCCGUCGGAGAAAUGCCAGCUGGAUGGAAACGCGCGCGUCGCGAGGGAAUACCGAGUACCAGAGGAUCACAAAUGCCGAGAGAAGGGAAAUUGAACACGAUGGGGAUCUCGAAAAUGAUCCUGGCAGUGGAGAGAAUAGGCGAGCUAUCUUGCCCCAGGCGGAUCCAGAAUACGGCAAUGAAUGGGAGGAACGCUGA